AUGGAGGAGCUGAAAGAAAGGUAUCCAAAUUACGAUGACAUGGAUAUAGAAAUUUUAGAUAGCGAAUUAUUGUACCUUGAUAAGGAUCUCAGGGAAAGUGAAACCAAUGAGGAAAUGGUAGAUAUUCAAAAGGAGAUUGCAUACGUAAAUGAACUAAGAAGGAGAAGGCUAUUGGAGGAGCAUGAAAGCGAACAACAGCAGGACCUUACACGACAGCAACUAGCAGAAAGAUUCCCUGACUUAUUCGAACUAUCAUACCAUGAGCUACUGGAUAGGGGAGACAAGCUGUUGAACGAAAUGAUACUAUCAAACCUAGACGAAGACAGUUUUAAAGAAAAGUCAGAAGAACUGAGGUACAUCAGAAUGCUAUCAGGUGAUUACCAAAGAGAGUCCAGUCUGAAUAAACUAUUAAAUCCGAGAGAUAAGGUGAAAAGGAGAAAGCUCAUCAAACGUGAUGACAACAGGAAACUAGAAUUGUUCAAGAUAUGGACAAGGGAAAACGCAAGCAUUUUAUCAGCUGUACUAAUUUACACAACCACCGUAAUUGUAGGACUGAUAGCUGCAACUAGGAACAUAUUGUGA